CCAUCCUGUCCUGCACUGGCUCGAUCCGUCGCGUCCAUCCACUGCUGCUGGCCCCUGGGUGCGUCUGGUCGCGUUGCCCACCCAAGGCCCCAAACAUCCCAUCCGCACCCGCUGAGGCGACGGACUAUGACACUGUUGGAAUGUCAUGGCCCUCGCACUCCCUUGCCGCGGUUUCCAUGCCUGGCGCCUCCCUGCUUUGGCACCCUUAAUUGCCCAUCUCGGCGCUAGAGUGGCCCCCAUGUCCAUUUUAGCCAUUCUCCUGCGACGGCUAUUUGCUGGGCCGUCCGUUGCUGCUUUUUUCUCCCAAACAGGGCCGCGAGCGCUCAGGCACGCCCGGCGGCGGAUCGCUCGUACCGGCUACCUAGCAAGCGUGGCGUGUCCAGCUGGUAAAUUUGACAAUCUACGGUACCUGGAGAAGGACAAGGUACCUGCCUGCCUUCUUGUGCUCUCAACUUUUUCUGGGCGCUGCCUGAGUCGUCCUCGGUGACGGAAAGCCCCCUUCCACUUUCCUUCUGCAAUCCUCCUGCUCUUCUUCUGGCCUCUUAAUAUACAAAAGCUCCUGGUCUCGCACCAUUCCAUUCCUUUGCCUCUCUCAGCUCUCCCCUACUCUCC